AUGCCACUGAAGACUGUGAAGAUUCAUCAAAAUGAUCAACCUUUGAUGAACAGCAACCUGACACGUUUGAUUAAAAAAAGACAAAAGGCUCUUGCGCGGAACAAACAUGCUUUUUAUAAACAGUUAAGGAAUAAAGUAAAUCGAUCUGGGAAAAACUGCCGUAAAUUAUAUUAUGAAGCUAAGGUGAAAGAACUCAAACACACUAAACCUAAAGACUGGUGGAAGGAGGUGAAACGUCUCUGUGGUCAUCAACAAAAGUCGACGAGUAAUAUCUUUGCAAAUCUGCAACAAGAUACACAAGACCUUGAUUCACUUAGUAACUUCAUAAAUGACUGUUUCUUGGAACCUAUGUGCGACUACCAGCCACUAUCUGAUAGUACCACUACCAUGACCGAUAAUAAUAGUAUAAUUUGUUUGACUGAAGAAGAAGUUUUUAAAUCGUUAAAUG